AUGCCUGCUUAUCAUUCUACUUUUGCAGUUGAUCAAACUAAUGAUCGUUUGGUUGGUAAUUUUGUUUUACUGCCAUUAAAUUCCAAAUACAGAGGUCCAGCUUAUCCAGCUAAUUCUGAUUACGAUAUAAUUGAUGAGUGUAUAGAUUUGUUUAGAGCAAAUUCUUUCUUUAAAAAUUUUGAAAUUAAAUCUCCUGCCGAUAGAGUAUUGAUUUAUGGUAUUCUAUUUAUUAAUGACUGUUUAUCGAAUUUAAAAUCCAACACAUCACAGAGUGAGGCAAUUAAGAUUUUAACGAAUAUAGCUUUAGACAAUAUUAAAGUUCCUGGAUCUCCUGGUUUCCAAUUAAACUCCGUUUAUAAUAUUCCUACUAAUGACCAUAACCAAGUCGAAUUAUUAACAAGUUAUAUUCAACAAUUCCGUCAAGAAUUGGCUAUGAGAUUAUUAGAAAGAAUCUACACGGAUUCUAAAGACCAUCCAUCUAAAUUUUGGUUAGCAUUCACGAGAAGAAGAUUUAUGAAUAAAUCUUUAUGA